AUGACAAUCGUCCAUAUUGUCCUAUUUAAGUUUCGUGCGGAUGUCACCGAGACUGCCAGAGAAGAGUUUCUCUUACAACUAAAGACCUUGAAGAACCUAUCAUGUGUGAAGAGCCAAAAACUUGUCGUUGGAGGCCCGUCAAUUACAACCCCGAUCGAAAAGAGCAAAGGAUUCCAGUAUGCGUUAGUGAGCUAUCAUGAAAACCGGGCGGCCCUGGAUGAAUAUCAAGCAAGUAGUGAGCAUCAUAGGGUGACGAGUACCUAUUUUAUUCCAUUCAAGGAGGAUCUCGUUCGAUUCGAUUUUGAAGUUGACCAAGCAAAUGAGUCAUUGCCAGGAUUCUGA